AUGUCGGCUCCGGAUCAUCACAAUUUACGACAUUCUGCCGCCGGCCCGACGCGGCUGAGGCAGCUUGCGCUUGUGGCGCAUGACCUCAAAAGGGCUGAAUAUCUUCUGACAAAAGUCAUCGGGACGGAGGUCCUUUUCGUUGAUCCAGGGGUCGCUGUAUGGGGGUUGGAGAAUGUUAUCGGGGACCCUGGACACCUGCAAUUCACGAAUGCACGUAUGCGCUUCUUGCCGGGGAUGGAGGGGAAGAGUGAAGGAUUCACGGAUGUUUCCAUAGCAGUACGCGGGGAGGAGAGGCACAAAGGCAUAUUCGAUAGGGCGAGAGAAGUCGGCCUCCCUUCUGGGGAUGGAUGGGUUGAAAUGCUUGGAUGUCGGUGGCAUUUUGUCUCGGCGAGUGGGACGAGGGAGGAUGUGAAUGACGGCCCAGAUGUUGUUCACAGUCCACAGUUCUGUACACAGGGAUGCUGUCAAGACACUUGCCCCGGUAGUUCUGGAAAACCAAUGGACUUUCUUGCACAAUCGCCGCAUUCGUCCAGCUGA